GUACGUCAACUCGAGAUACGUCAGCCCGCCAGAAGCCAUCUGGCGAUUGUUUUCGUACAAUUUGCACGGCAAAAGUCACGUGGUCGUCAGGCUUCCUGUUCACCUGGAGGGUCGUCAGAACGUGUACUUUGCGCCGGGCCAAGAAGAAGAACGGCUACAGAACCAAGUUGUACGUCACACGAAACUCACGCAGUUCUUCGCGCUCAACGCGACCAACGCGGAUGCACGACAAUACUUGUACCACGACAUACCGAAGCAUUACACGUGGCAGGUUCCGCGGCCAGAAAGAAAUCUCGGAAAUGUCAGACAAUGGUGUCCGCGGCUGAAUCGAAUGACAAACGUGACGUUGGCUCGGAUGCUUUCCACAUCAAAUUGGAUAUAG